AUAAAUAUGAGAAUUGAAAAAUGUUAUUUUUGCUCUGGUCCUAUCUAUCCAGGCCAUGGAAUAGUAUUUGUUAGAAAUGAUAGCAAAGUAUAAAUAAUAAUAAUAAUAAAUAGAUGUUUAGAUUUUGCAGAUCCAAAUGUCAUCGACACUUUAAAGCAUAACACAAUCCAAGAAAAACAAGAUGGACUAAAGCUUUUAGAAAAGCUGCUGGAAAAGAGAUGACUAAUGAUAGUAUCUUUGAAUUUGAACAAAAGAGAAAUGAACCGUUGAAAUAUAAUAGAGAUUUAUACAUUAACACAGUUUAAGCCAUGAAAAAAAUAGAUAAAAUUAGAUUAAAAAGAGAAAAUAAUUUUUGGAAAAAUAGGUAUAAAUUUAAGUAAUAUUCUUAGAUUAAGAGCAUAAAGGAAGUAGAAUCUUGAUAAUGUCGAAACAGAAUUAGCAAAGAAUAUUAAUUUAGUAUCAGAUAAAUCAGUUAAAGAAAUUAUCAAAUAAAAAGCUGUAGAAAAAGCUUAAAUAAAAGCAUAGAAGCAAAAAAAAUAAAAAAAGUAAGAUAUGGUAGUAGAGGAAGCUUGACUUAAUUAUUUGUGCUUAAAUAAAUAUAAUUUCAUAAUUUAUUGGAA